AAAUGUAAGUAUAUAUAUAGACUGAGAAAGCGCCCUCCUUUAUUUUAGCUCCUUAUUCUCAUUCUCCCUUUAUUAUCUCCUCUUUUUAUAGAGUUGAUGUGAUUCUCUCUCCGCUAUACACCUCCAAAACCAAUUAACCUUUAUAAAAAAGAGAAAGAUCAUCAAGAACAAUGGGUUUUUCUUCAAUUCCAGCUUAUCUUGAUCCAGCCAACUGGCAGCAGCAUCAGAAUAGUCAAAUUUUUGGUAGUAGCAGCACAUACCCUUUGCUGUCACAGCCGCCGCCAUCGCCUCCAUCUUCAGCUCAGCCUCAUGCUGGUGGUGGCACAGGUUCGAUCCGUCCGCGAUCGAUGGCGGAGAGAGCCCGGUUGGCCAACAUACCAAUGCCGGAGGCUGCCCUUAAAUGCCCUAGAUGUCAAUCGGCAAAUACAAAAUUUUGCUAUUUCAACAAUUAUAGUCUUACUCAGCCUCGACACUUUUGUAAGACCUGUAGAAGGUACUGGACUAGAGGUGGCGCUCUGAGAAGUGUUCCGGUGGGAGGUGGCUGCCGGAGAAACAAAAGAAGUAAAUCUACGAGUUCAAAGUCUCCGGCGCGGCCCAAUAACGACAGGCAAACCACCUCUAACUCCACCAGUACCGGUAUCGGUACCGUUUCAUCCAACAGUACCGGACCGGCAAGUAUUUUAGGCCUGAACCCUCAAUUUCCACCUCUACUCUUCAUGUCUCCUUUAGGUCAACUUACCGACGACUAUACUACUGGUGAUAUAAGCUUAAAUUACAGUGGAAUUUCAGCUCCAAUUAGCGAGAUGAAUUUUCAGAUGGGAAGUAAUUAUCUUGGCGGUGGAAGUUGUAGUGGAGGUGGCGGCAUUGGUGGUGGAUCUGGAAUAGCUUCCCUUUUAUCAAAUGCUGGCAUUGAGCAGUGGAGGUUUCAUCAGCAAUAUCCUUUCUUGGGUAGUAUGGAUCCAUCUCUGGCGGCGCUUUACCAUUUCGAAGGCGGAGAUGAGCAAUCUAGAUUCGCCGGUGAAACCAGCCAGGGGGCACAGCCUAAACUUUCAAGCUCAAUGCUAAAUCAGAACACUACAUCAGUGAAAAUGGAAGAAAAUUCCUCGAAGUUGAAUUUGCCAAGUCAAUCAAUAGGAAUGCCAGGAAAUGAUCAAUGGAGUACUGGUGAAGCUUCUUGGACUGAUCUUUCAUGUUUCAGUUCUUCCACAAACAAUCCCUUAUAAAUAAUAUUUAUCGGCUUUGGCUCUACUGAACGCUAUCGCAUAACUUCAGUUAAGUUAUCAUCAACUGAGCGCUCUUAAAUUUUAUGUGUAAGUUAAGCUUCAUAUAAAGACACUGUGACUAAAACCUAAGCCAAAAUGAGAACUUUCAGAAAUGGACAAACUAAAGGCUAAGGGUUCCUACUUCCUAAUCAAGAUCUGCUGAAAACCCUAGAAUUAAUUAAUAGGAGUAAAUAUAUUUUUUUCUUUAUUUAUUUUGAUUAGUAGCAUUACCCUGCAGUACUGCUUUGAGAAUAUAUGUGUAAACUAGAGUGAGUGUGUUGAGUUCCUUUAGCUUUAUGUUGCUAAUUUCAGGUCUAAUAUUAAU